GUUGAUUUUCAGUUCACACACCUAUGCUCACAGAUGCUCUAGUAGGAUAGAUUUAUCCUACGCUUUAAAUAAUUACAUAUCAUCAUGGUAGGCUACUGUCCAAUCUGUGGGAAGCCCGUCUACUUUGGUGAGAAGAAGCGGUCCUUAGGGAGGGACUACCACCCUCUGUGUCUCAAGUGUCAACAGUGCAACAGACAGCUCACACCUAGUCAACAUGCUGAGUAUGAUGAGAAGCCAUAUUGUUCACACUGCUACCUGAAGAGGUUUGGUCCAAGAGGUAACAGGUGACUGGUGUCUCCAUGGUGCAGUGCAGCUCCUUCACAGACACCAUGACAGAGCCAACAUGGCAGGGCCUUUUUAUUGGACAAAAAAUGAGCAGGCCUAAAUAAAUAAAAAUGACAAACAGUUAACUAAAGUGGAUGGACUGUAAGAUAUCUAUCAUAUACACAAAAUGAAAUAUUUAUAAAUUUGUGAUGACCACUUGAUGCCAUGUGUAUGUCAUUGUUCACUUUUAUGAUGUAAAUUAAUUUAAAUAAAUGCAUUUUGAAACAGGCCAACGUCAAA